AUGAAGUGCGAACUAUGUUCAGAACGUAUGGCGAAGGUUAAGGUUGGCAAAACUCAAAAGUUGGCUUGUAAAGAGUGCUUUAUCUAUUGGUUUGAAGAGGUAAGACCGAUUUUUCUUUAAAAUAUUUUUAAUUUUUAGGUUUUUAUAAUGUCUGUAGUGUUUUAAAAUGUUUAUAAGAUGUUAUACUUGUUUUAUAAAUGUUUCAGGACGUUUAUGAGACGAUAAAGAAGACAAACAUAUUUAAACGAGGUGAUAAAGUAGCUGUUGGAGUGUCUGGUGGAAAAGAUUCGACAGUUUUGGCUAAUACACUGGACGUAUUGAAUAAAAGACAUGAUCUUGGACUUGAACUGAUACUAGUUUGCAUAGAUGAAGGUAUUGCUGGUGAGUAUUUGGUUUUCUUGUUGUUUUUAGGAAGAAUUGAUGUUAUUGUGGCGCUAGGACAAAUGCGGUUUUUGGACAUUUGCGGAUCUGCGGUUUUUAGACACUUGCGGAUCUUCGGUUUUUGGACACUUGCGGAUUUUGGACAUUUGCGGAUUUUUUAAAGGUUUUUUUUAAUUUUUUAGUUAAUUUAGUCGUAUUAUGGUACUAAAUUGUACUAAAGUUUGAAUUGGUACGGUUUUAACAUAACAGUACUUUUUUGGGCUUUUAAUACUAUUUAGUACCAAAAAUAUAAAAACAGUACCAAUUAAAAAUUUAGUAUUAUUUAACAUUAAGAAAUAUUAAAACAGUGCCAAUUUAAACUUUAGUACCAUUUAGUACCAUACUACAAAUAAAUUAAAUAAAAAAUAAAAAAAAACCCCUUUAAAAAAUCCGCAAGUGUCCAAAAACCGAAGAUCCGCAAGUGUCUAAAAACCGCAGAUCCGCAAAUGUCCAAAAACCGCAUUUGUCCUAGCGCCGUUAUUGUUAGCAUGGUGUGAAGGUGUUUUUUUGUUGGGAAUAGGAUAGUUAACAUAUGGCAAAAAUUUUGUGGAAAGUUUAUUUGUGUUUUGGUUGACAAACUGGGUGUUUAAUGUUUUUGUUAGUUUUGGAAGUAGAUAUGAUUAAAAUUUGGCACUAUAAUGAAGCUGUUUGAUGUAGUGUGGAUGUUUAUUGUUUCUAAUAGUUAAAAUACGAGAUCACCAGCGUUUUCGAUAUAAGUAAACGUUUGUUCUGAGUUUCCAUAGAUUUUUUACUUUCUUUUAGGCUACCGUGAUGGCUCAAUAGAAGAAGUUCACAAAAACGAGUCAGAUCUAGGCUUGAAACUUGUGAUCUUAUCCUACAAACGAAUAUACGGCUGGACAAUGGACGAAAUUGUAAAGAAAAUAGGAAACAAAAACAAUUGCACGUUUUGUGGAGUCUUCAGAAGGCAAGCGUUGGAUCGUGGAGCAAUGUUAGUGGGUGCUGUUAAGUUGGUAACAGGACACAAUGCUGAUGAUAUUGCCGAGACUGUGUUGUUGAACAUGUUGAGAGGAGAUGUGCCUCGGUUGGAGAGAUGUACAGCUCCGAUGACUGGUCAAGAAGGACAAUUGCCUCGAGUAAAACCUUUCAAAUAUACAUAUGAGAAGGAUAUUGUGAUGUAUGCUCAUCAUAGGAAGCUGCCGUACUUUUGUGUGGACUGUAAAUACUCUACCAAUGCUCAUAGAGGUUAUGCCAGGUAAGAUUGAUGUUUUUUGGAGAUUUUCGGCAUGUGGAGAAAGGAUAAUUUAUAUAUUUUGGGUUUUAUUGAAAGAACUGACAAAGGCCGUCUACUACAAUAUAAUUUUUUGGUGUUAUAUAAUAUUUAAUGGAUUUAGAAGACUAAAUUAUAUCUAGUUAAGUAACAAUAACAUCUUCCAACAUUUUUAAAAUUUAUCUUUUAGAGUCCUGAUAAAAGACCUUGAAAGGGAGCGUCCUCAAGCCAUAUUGGACUUGAUAUCAUCAGGUGACAAGAUUGCGGCCAAAGAAGACAUUAAAGCUCCAACAGAAAGAAGAUGUGAUCGUUGUGGAUUCAUGUCAAGUCAGCCUAUAUGUAAAGCAUGUCUUUUGUUAUACGGAUUGGAAACGAACAACUUAUCAUUGGGUAUAUCAAAGAAGGGCAAGUUGUCAGAUAAAGAAGUGGUUGAGUUAACCAAAAACAAGAUUGAAAGAAUGGCAAUAGAUGAAAAUAGGAAUUAUGCUGGUGGCUGUGGGAGUGAAGAUUGUGGAGGAGGUGGAUGUGGGAGUGGUAUUGCUGUGGAUUUUUGA